CCCGAAAGUGGAUUGCGAUUGUUUGUGUUGAUAAAAUGUAAAGACAUUUUGCUGUUCAUAGUGAAAUUUGAUGCUAGAGGUGCCGUGCUGCCAGAAUUCAGAAGCAAUUUUCUAAUUGACGUACUUGCCAUGAACUGUGUGGUUUUAUUUGAUGAGUAGGUGAACUUAGGGUAUGACGCACCGUGUCGGUAAAACGCUCCACCUUGACAAAACAUGGAAAACGCCGUGGUUGACAGAUUUUUUCUGUGCUUAUAACUUUCAUUUUUUAUUAUAAAUACAAUUAGAUGAAUUUUAGAAUCGAAAACCUCGUCUAGCUUCACAAAAUCGCUAUAUAUAUAAAUCUCGUGUCACGAUGUUCGUGGUUGAACUCCUCCGAAAUGGCUCGACCAAUUUACAUGAAAUUAUGCACAAAAACCCCGACUGGAGAUCACGUGUUUAUACGUUCAAUGCGUAUGCUGUUGAAAACAUUGCUGGAGUUAUGUUAGGCGACUGCACAGCGAUGCGAGAAAUUGUGAUUCGAACAAGAAACAAUAUUCGAGAGUUCAUCGUUAACACCCACCGUUCAAACGCCGCUCUCCAUCUUCUUCUUCAAUGGUACUAAUGUUCCUAACGUUCACUAUCUCAUUCUGACUUGCGAACGAUGGACAGGUAGAGUGCAAACGACUGUGAUUCUAGACAAUCAAUAGCGGUGUGAGAAAAAAUACACUCACUUGCGUGACGCUAUCAUGAGCAAUGCUGACGCAGCCUUUUUUUUAUAUAUCUGUAUUAUAGUGAUUUUCAACUCAUUUGGCUGGUUCGUCACUUUUUACUUCCAUUUUUUGGAAGAAUGUCGGGAGUGAGAAUUGAACUCGUGACCUUUAGCGUGAGAGGCAUGGAUGUUACCACUACGCCAGAUCGCCUCCCCUGACGCAGCCUUUGCCAGGCCUAAACGCAUGCAUGGUCAUGAUAUUACAGCACGUGUGUUCAAACAAAAAAAUUAACGAUAUGUAGAAUGAGCUUCACUACAACGUUGUAUUCGAUUGGAUAGCAAAAUCGAGGAUUACCUCAUAUGCACAGUUUUAAUUUGGGUAGACGACAAAAUGCGCCCUGAGGAAAUCGAUAGUGUAAUUUCCCCGAAAAUUCCAGAUGCGUCUAUUGGUCAACUACUCACCCGUAUUCUGAAAUCCGAUCGCGUCAAAAUUACCAGAAUCGAUUGCAAUAUCGCAUUCUGUCACACGCAUUAAAACAAAAAAAAAAUAAAAGAAACAUGGCCCUAUUGUGUGUUCUGUGUAACAGAAUAACACAUUCUCUGCAGGUAGAAAAAAAAACUUGAACGUAAAUUGUCUCUGAUAAUUAUUUUAUUUUCUGAAUAAUAUUUUGGCUGAAAUGCUAGGAGUUUUAUAGAAAAAUAGUUAUGUUAAGGUCAUGACUAUGUCUUUUAAGUAUUUAAAUGUCAUUUUCAUUUUUAUUCUAUACAACCUUGCAUACAAUUCAUCUCGUUUUCACCAUGAAGUGGCGUUCGUGAUCAGGCCUAAUAUUAGAGUCUUGUAGUAAUAUAUAAUAAAAUGCAUGAUCACAUGCAAUUAUAGGCGCUUCUGUCGUAAGACUUUUGAAGCAUUAUAAAACAUAUUUAAAUUUUGCAAGCUUCAAUACAUUCUAAAAUGUAUCAGAGCUAUCGAUUGAGUUUGAAUAUAUAAAUGUUUUUUUUUUAUAUAAAAAUGCAGUUUCCGAAUUCAUAUCAUAAUGGGGCACAUCGCUGCAGCAUGCAGAUAGAAAAAAGUUAGUCACUGUCAAUGUUACCAAAUCAUUCAGAUAUUUUCUGCAAUUGUUUCAUGCCUAGAUACAUAAGCAUAAUACUCUUUUCACAUAUCGUUCCUUGUAUUAUGUAAUAAAAACCAGUACAAACAAAUGAAAACCAAUUCAAGAGGAUUUAUAUUAGGGAUUAAAAGAAUAUCCGGCCUAUCCGGCCAAUAUUUGCUAUCCGGCUGGAUACGGGAUAGAUAUCGAAUACCGAAUAUUAGGAAAAAUCAGUUUUUCUCAUUAACAUAAAAUAAAUCACAUUUUUCUCGAAAUUAAAUUAGUAUUAACUCAUAACAUUUUUUCAUAAACACUAUUACUUUUAUUAUAAAUUUUUCAACCGACCGAUUACGUAUCGCUUCGUACACCAGUCCAGCUUCAGAGAACAGUUCUUCACUGUGAACACUACUGCAAGGAGCUGAAAGAUGAGCUCUAGCAAACCUUGCCAAUUGGGGGUACUGCUCAGAGUUUAAUGAUCACCAACCGUAAGGAAAGUGAUUGCGAUCAAUUCGAAAUGUUUUCGCAUAACAGUCAAUUUUAAAACCUGUCCCAAAAAAUCUCGUAAACUUCGCAUGUAAGGUUAACUCAGUUUGGUUUUUUUGUUUCGUUAAGUUUGAUUUGUGGUGAAGUAAGUGUACCCUGUGGUGAAUAUUAUCUUCCCUGAAGACAGCUUCAAGUUUUUUUUGAAAAUAAUCUAUUUGUGUUCUUUGCUUAUUUGAAUUCGUAGUACUUACCUUUAAUCAACUAGUAUUGAAAUUAUUUCGAUAUAUCCACAAAAGUUUCAUCACUGUAAUAGUAAAUUCAUAACAGAGGAAAAAACUGUUCCACUUGCAGAAAACUUAUUUCUCUACUAAAGGACAUUCAUUCUGUACGAAAAAUUUAAUCAUAGUUAAUUAUUUUUUUGUAAAAUAUAUUUAUUACUUCGAAAAUGAAAUCCUUCAUUUGCUUCUCGUCCACAUGCAGUUUGUCCCAGCUUCGUAUUCGUAAAUAAAGAGCCGAAUAUCCGGGCAUCCGGCCUCGAAGCUUGCCAGAUAUCCGGUAUCCGGCCAAACUACUAUCCGUUUCACUACUAGUUAAUAUGGAUGGUAGCGAUAUUAAAAAAAUAUCUUACAUCUUUUCACAUGUUAUUCAAUGUUGCGCCAUCAGAACUCUAACAUUUACGGAAAAAAAAUUAAUUCUCCACAAUUUAUUUAAAUAACUUCCAUAUUGUUCAAUCGAAUGCUUCUGAAUAGAAAUAGUGAUAAUAACACUAGACUUCUUAGCAUUUCUUUUUAACAACAUUUGUUUUCCUUAACUAAAAACUUAGUUGCAGAUAAUUUUCAUUUUUCUGUAUUUUCUUACGUUUUUAUACACAUCAUGACAAUGCAACAAUGUCAUUAUAAUAGAACUUCGCUACUGUAUUUUUCUCAAGUAUGGGGAUAAAAGGAUGAUAAUUUAAAGGAACUGAAUUCCAUAAUUUGCGGCUAAAAUUGAUUGUUAAUAUGCGAAAAUUCUAAAUUAGUAACUUCCUAAAUGACUUCCAUUUUUCAAGGAAAAAAAAAUUAAAACCAUGAACAAUUUUUUUUCUUAGUGUAUAUUUUUUCACAUUCAAACAUCCAUUCUCUACAACUUUUUCUAAGAGACCAUUUCGGUACGAAUCAUAGUUUUUGAGAUAGAAUUGACCAAAAAUUUCUCUUACUGAAACCAAGGAGAAAUCGACAUUGCAGACAUUGCUACUGUGAAGGGUCUUAAUGUCAAUUCUGAGCGCGAUACGUCAUUUAGUUACAGCGUAACUCAAAACAAGUUUUUUUUUUGCUCGAUGAAUUUUGAUAUGGAUAAUUCUAUUGGUCAAAGAUAUUGUGUGAAGUUUUGUGUUGCAACCAAAAUUUCUUGUACCGAAUCGUUAAAAAUGUUUCAGAUUACAUUUGGUGACACAACUAUGUCGAAAACAGGUGUGUAUGAAUAGUACAAGGCAUUCAACAACAACCAAGAAGAGAUGAACGAUUUGCCUCGGCAAGAACGACAACAUCAACAAAAUAAAAGGAAUGGUGGUCAUUUGAGUUGGCUCGUGAAUUAAAUAUGUCUUACGAGACCGUUACGAGACCGUCAUAUUUUAGUUGAAUUUUUGGGCAUCAGAAAAGUCGCUGCACGACUAGUUUCAAAAGAACAAGCAUCAAAUUUUCACCAAAAAAUUAAUCGUAAUCAAGUUGUUGAAGACAGACUUGAACAAUCAAAUUCUGAUCCCACGUUCAUCCAACGCAUAAUUACUGGCGACGAAACAUGGAUGUACGAGCAUAAUAUGCAAACGAGUCAACAAUCGUCAGCAACGAGUCAAAACCGAAAAAACACAUCAAAGUCAAUCAAAAAUGAAAGAUUACUGUUUUCUGAUUGUUUUCCAUUCCAUUGUCUAUUCGUAAGUUCUUCUGGAGGUUAAAAGGUCAAUAAAGAUUGUUACCUUGGCGUUAUGAGGCGUUUGAGAGCGAAAAUUUGUCGGAAAUGGAGCUUUCACCGUGAUAAAAGUUCAUCGAUCGAUCAUUGUGAACGUAUUUUUGACCAAAUAUGGUACGAAUAUGAUUGAAUAAGUUUCGUACUUUUCAGAUAUAGCCCCCUGUGAUUAGUACCGCUUCGUGGGACCCGUUUUGAUAGCAUUAAAGACAUUAAAAUGAACUGAAGGCAAUUCCUGAAUACACACUUACCUGAAUACCACACCACACAUACCUGAAUGCUAUAAAAGUGUUCCGGUGACUGGAUUGUUUGUUGGAAAAGUGUAUUGCUUCAGAUGAGGGCUAUAUUGAAGGUGAUAUUACAAAUUUAGAUGAUGAAUAAAGCAUUUUCUUGAAAAACACAAAUUUCCGGUAGAAUGUAGGAUCGAAUAAGGAAUGCUUAUUCGCCAUCAUACCUCGUCAUCAGGAAAAAACGACUUUUAAUAGUUCCUGAAAUUUUUAUCAAGACACUAUUUUUUUAGAGCUUCAACCUUCUAGACUGGUUCCUCUCAGUCCUGAACCUCAUGAAAUAUUCAGUUUUUUGAAGAUUUUUUUGUUCCCAAUCUAUAAUGAAUUUUAUGAGUAGGCGUUUCUAGAUGGGGAUUCUACUGUAGAGACAUAAACUUUGGAGGGUUUUCCGAGCUGAGCUCUAAACAAAUAAAAACCAACUAAUAUUUUUAAAACUUUCAAGCGUGUGAAGUGGGGAGGGUGAAGUAAACUGUGCCCUGGCGUACAUGAUUUAACAUGAUUUAAAUUACAUGAUUCUGGUUGUCCAAAUAAAAAAAAUGGAUACAUAUGAUAAAUUACGAUUUUAUGUACAUAUUACUAUAUAAACAUUAAAAAAAAAAAAUUUAUACUUUCUUAAGCUACACUUCACUAAUCCUACACUUUAUAAAUCCUAAUUGUAACUCCAUGGACUGCUGCUGCUCCCCUUUUAUAUGGUGGAUUGGAAUGCGCCAGAUGGUUUCGAAGAAACGCAAGUGGCGCGUGUUGUCGCUCGCUGGUGAUGUUUUGUUUUCGUCUUCCUCGGUACCGGCAGGUAUCUCUGGAACCUGAUGGCAGAUGUUUCGGCUGGCAUCGAUUCGUUGGUACUGGAAGUUGUCCGGAAUUGUAUGUUGCGGCUGGUGGUUUGGUGCUAACUGAUAUAACCGCAAGGUUGAUGUAGGACUGCCGUUGGCUUAAUAAUCAUUUGUGUUUCUUCAAUUAGCAAUAAUCGCAUGUCGGAUGUUUCUCAUUGGGUACUAUAUCGCCGCUCCGCAGAGCUAUCUUUUGUGUGUAUUGAUUAAAUUAUUGAUUAAACUAGUGAACGAAUGAAACAAUUUACGAAUUCAUUUGCAAACAAAUCCCAGUUUAGGUCAAUUCAUGCAUUAUGGUAAUAGUUAUCUAUUUAUUUAUUUAUUUAUUUAUUUAAUUCACAAAUACAACAGGCUACACAUGCCCUAAUGUAUGAUAUAUAAAACUAAAACUAAAACUAUUUUUCACUAAGCCUACUAAAACUAAUACAUAAGAAAUUUCAAAUUAUGUAAGAGCAAUAACAUACAAUUUUUUGAGGGACGAACGUGAAAGAUGACAGUCAAAACAGGAGCUACAACGGUUAAACAAACGGCACAUACUAGUCACAGGUUCAUGGUAUCCGUAAUUUGUUCGUGUUGAGGAGAUGUAGAGAAAAUGACGAGAACGCAAGUUACGACGAUUAACAUUAAAGUUGAUUAACCGGAGAAGCUCAGGACAGUCGAUUCUAGCGGUAAUUAAGUCCGAAGUAAAUAGGGCCUUGGCAACGUUUCUCCGUGAAACUAAUGAGUUAAUCCCUUUUAGUUUGCAUCGAUCCUCGUAGCUAGGAAGAUUUAUUGGGUCAUUCCAUGGUAAAUUGCGUAGUGCGAAUCGGAUGAAUUUCCGCUGGAUCGACUCAAUUCGAUGAACACUAUUCUGGUAGUACGGCGACCACACCACACAAGCAUACUCUAGAAUCGAGCGAACCAACGAGCAAUAGAGAGUCUUGAUACAGUGCACGUCCUUGAAUCGCUUUGUGACGCGGAAGAUAAAUCCAAGUGUUCUGGACGCUUUAGCGAUGAUAUAGGAUACGUGGUCGCGAAAAGUGAGUUUCGAAUCCAGCAUAACGCCGAGGUCCUUAAUGGUACUGACACGAUCCAAUUUAACACCAUGCAGCUUAUAUUCGAAGAUUAUCGACGAACGCUUGCGUGAGAACAAUAUUACCGAACACUUUGAUGGAUUCAAAAGCAUCCUGUUGUUUGCACACCAUUCGGCGAAGAUGUUGAGUUGCUGUCUCAGCAUCUCCGAUGCAGUUUACUGGGAGGAACAAUUUGAAGUCAUCUGCAUACGAGAGUUUGAGACACUUCAAACUGAAAUUUAUAUCGUUGAGAUACAGUAAAAACAGAUUGCGCUUGACUCGCCGCAGCACGACGCCUGACGCAAAGAAUGCUUCCAUAUGAUUUGUGUGCCAUCCCCUCAAAACAGUAAAUAAACAACAAACCACCCAACCACCCCCCUCGGUCGACCGUGAAGAGAGAAGAAAGUGCUCUGCUCUGAUUCUUGUGCUCCGAGACAACUCUAUUCACUCUCGCGAACCGAGGCCUUGACACUGUGUGUGAGUGAUCCGAUUUGUGGGCCAUAUCUGGGUGUGGGUGUGUGUGAAAGGACGACGAAUCGAUGACGGGUGAAGCAAUGACGUCACGCGUGUCAGCUGUUGGUGGAAAUACGAUCGCACCCCACCUGCAGCCUCCCAAUGCGAACCAUCCGGUGCAGGCGCUACGGACCGACGACAUCGAGGUGCAUGUCAUCGAGCAGGCCACCGAGCUGCACUCGAACGAACGAAAGGGUUCCGCAAACAGUGCAGCAAGUGGUGGCAAACAAGGUGCCGCCUGCAGGGCGGCCCUUCUUCCCGUCACGACGCCAGCAGCAGCGACAGCCGGAACGGCUCCAGCGGCAACCAACGGUGGCCGGCCUUCGUUGAAAAAUCCCGUCGGUUGGGUUUGUUGUGCGCCCUGCAUUUGGUUGCGAGGAUCUUCGGCGGUGCACAAGAUGGCAAUAACAGCCGCCACCCUGCUAGUGACCUCCCUCCUGGUGGCAUCACCCAUCCUAUUUCUCAUCUCGGCUGCCCCCUCGCAGCUUCCGAAGGAUUGCUACGUCACCGAGGAUGACGAUUGCUACCCGACGCCGGCUCCGCCACCCGAAUGCUCUGAUUCCAUCUGUCGAGCGGCUGCCAUCAGCAUCCAGACGCGCAUGAAUUGGGACGUGGAACCCUGCAAGGAGUUCAAAAACUACAGCUGCUCCCCGCUGGCCAGCAAUAGCCUCAGGGCCGUUAAGAGCCCUCAGGAGAUAGCCGACAUUCAGAUGCAGCAGCUUCUCUCUCUUAACACCACAUCGGGAUUGUUCCGCAAACUCGGCCGGCUGUAUGGGAGCUGCCUACGGCAGACAUUAAACGACUCCACGAUCAAAAUGCAACUCGACAAGCUUGGUGGCUAUCUGCAAAUAGGUUCGGUGGGACCGCAGAGCAUAUCGCCGCUGAUAUCGAAAAUCAAAAAGAUUGGCCCGAUGCCAAUCAUCGGCAUCUACUACGAUCUGAGCUACGGCCGCAAACCGCAAACACUGCUAAUAAUUGAUGGCCCAACCACCUCGGCUCAUAUUCUGGAGAAACCGGUCCGAUGGCACGGGCCCAAGGCAGCCCCGAAUGACGUCACCGACACGGUGCCAGAGCUGCUGGACGAAUUAAUCAAUGUGUUUCUCCCGCCGGGACUCAGCAUCGAUCAGAGGCAAUCGGAGAAAAAAGUUAUAUUUAACUUUGUUCGUGAUUUGAAUCAGAUACGGCGGGAUUAUGUGCAGAAAGAUUUUAGCAAUAGCUACGUUUUGAAUAAUGUAGCAGCACUUAUCAGCACUCAUCCAUUUCUGCUCUGGCAGGAUCUGUUGCCUGCGAAUUGGACCGGACCGAUAGUGAUUCGAAGUCCUGCCUAUUUGGAGCAUCUGCGGAAACUGAUGCUGUCCUAUCAGAACCGGGUUAUACACAACGCGCUGCUGCUGCUGUUCGCCCUCAACACCCUGCCACCGAAGCGUCCGUCGCCGAUAGUUUGUGCCAAGGCUACCAAUUGGGCCCUGCCGGAGGUUACGUCCUCGCUGUUCGUUGGUCAGUACAGCGAGGAAGUGAUAGCGCAUGCGAUCCAUCGGACGGAGGAAAUGUUCGAGAACAUGAAGCAACACUUGAAACGAGCACCGUCGCUUCGAGGUGCAGCGCUGGUGCGCCUAUCGCAGCUCAAAGUCCAGGCCAAGGUUUGGCCGACGUUGUUCAAUCGAACUGAAAUCGCCUCCAUUCUGGAUAAGAUCGAGAUCACAUCCGAUAACUGGUUCGAAAACGUGCUCAAAAUCUACCAACUGAAUAAUAAUCGUUCGUCAGCGAGGAAUCUGUCGUCGGAGUCAACUCAUACUGCCUACGCUUACCCCCAGCUGGCGAAGAUCUUCUAUGAUACACUGAGUCAUUCGAUCGUGGUGCCCCUGUCGGUGAUCCUGGUGCCCUACUUCAACCCGGUGCUGCCCCAGUACCUGCACUACGCCACUCUCGGCACGACGCUCGCGAAGGAGAUCCUUCGCUCGAUCACCAGAGCGUUCGAGAGCAAAGUCAUGCAGUGUGUUCCGAACUCGGUCGACAUUUUCUCCAACUCCAGCCGGAUGGAUCUGCUGAUCUACUCGGGCGGCAUGCAGAUCGCCUACCACACGCUGCUCUCGCUGUCCGGCCCAAUCAAGGGCAUGAACCGGUUGCCGGGGCUCAGCCUGACGCCACCGCAGAUUUUCUAUCUGAUGUCCGCCCAGGAACUGUGCGCCGAGUCCGAGUACAACGGCGUCGACGUCAGUUCGAAUGAUUUCGAUGAAAUAUUGACCUGGCUGAUUUCACAGGGCGGUAGCGCCUCGGAUGUCUUUCAAUGCCACUCGAGCACGAUGCUGAGUUACCAGAAAAAUUGUGACAUCUGGUAGAUAUGGGCCACCAAGGUAGACUAGCGGUGUAGACGCGGCGGCGGCAAUACAACAUGACCGUUGUCGCGGGAUGGGUUAAUUAUGGGAUUCUAGGAAUCCCGUAGGUGCUUAUAGAGUUGUUUUUUUUAAAUCAGUUGUUGAUGAGAACAUUCAUACUUAUAUAGAAAAGUUUUUAGGCAAGAGAUAUGAAACGUAUUUGAUAUGAAUAUUUGAACUGAUUUCGAUGUUUUAACCAUGCAAUUCUUUCGUUUUUGAUUAGUAGUAAGUUACGAGAAAGAUGCGAAUGAUAUAAUAUGGUGCUAAAGCUUUGCAUUGUUGCUUAUUAGAGGAAAAACUGUGAUGAAUAGCUGCUGAUAAUGUAAAUUGUUCGAAGUACCUCUCGAGAAGUCAAAGUUGAAGUUGAAGGUGAGAGCAUAAUGUUAUCUCACAGAUAACUGUCUGAUUGUUGUUGUUGAAAUCCCCACCCUUAUAUUCGGACUAUCGAACGGCUAAAUCUGUACUCUCACUUAGAAGCAACAAUGGAAAGGUUCAGCACCACGAGGAUAAACUGUUCCCUCACAAAACGACGUAAAAUUUAUUACCACCAAUAUCGGAAAAUUGAUACAGGUUCAAAUUAGUUUCGAAUCAUUCAUGUGACACUCUCUCCCUCUCUCUCUGCUAGAGGGAAGUCCAUCUUUCAGUAUUUUACUGCAUUUCCGAUAGAACUAAAAUUUAGCUUGUAGAUUGUGUACAGAUAUUAAUGACAUCUACAGAAUUAUUGUGGGGUCAAUUAUAGGGGAUAGUUUCGCAAGCGGUUUUUUCGUUACGCCGCAAAUACGUUUUUUGUCUUAUAGCGGAGCAAAGUGAACAGCAAGUAGGAAACAAAAAUCAAUUUCAACUGUGACAAUAUAGUGUAUUAGAAGGGGAACCAAACCAGAAAAAUAGUUACUUGUUUAGCAACACUUGAAACCACAUAACAUGACCAUGUUUAGAGAGGAUGCCGUGCGGAAGGACGCGCCAUGUGUUACCUCUACAAGAGUAUUAGCGAAAGGUAGAGGAUAUAUAUUUAGUAUACUCCCGUUCGUCUGUAAUUGUUAACUUUUUGCUGACUGCAGAGAGUAAGGCAAAGUUUAUUAGACUGUAAGAAUUUCGUCCCAAAAAUGAAUCAAAUUAUUCAAUGAACCACAACCAAAUGGAGAAUCUCGUUCUACAAGCGUUUAAAGAAAUGUUUUGCACGCUGGGAAGCAACGAUUCAAUUUCCCCAGGUGCCGUUUAUUGCUCUACCCGAAUAAUCCAAUUGUACCACACAGUGGAACACACACACACACACAGGAAGUGUACCAUAAGUGUAAGUUAGAGCCCAGCCGGAUGGGCAGGCAUUAUGUAGUCGUAAGCGUAAGCGUAUAAAACAAAAAUGAAGUGUCCCUUAAUUCGAGCGAAACAAAACAAAAAGAUACUUAGAAUGAGUGAACCGAACAAUUUUUGCAGUAGAAAAACUAGGAGUCCAAACACACAAUGGGAACCACACAGUGUAGUUGUAGAAUAUCAGUAGAUUGAACCCCCAACUGUCCCUCCAAACCAGAAAAUCGCGGAAGCGCGGAACUAGGAUUGCAGUAGCAUGGAAGCUGUAAUACCUGUAGUGAUAUGGAACAUUAAUUCGAUACAAAACACAGUGAUAUCAAACAAUACCUUUUUAGCCCCGCAUCAGGAGGUGAAUCAUCCGCUAAGGGAAUUGACACAUGCCUAGGAAAACCCCCGGGGGAGUUGAAGCGAAGUUUUAGUCACGAUGAAGAGUAAACCACAAGUAGUGCCAAAAUAUUCGAUGGAUAUUUUGGUGUGUAAAUACCAACAGAAAAUUGUAGAGUUUAAACCAAAUAAUAGUUCCAUUUGGCACUAUCGAUAAGUAGUGUAAUGUGAAAAGAUGUUUUAUAGCAACCAACCGUCGAUCGAUGUUGCGAUCGAGAAUUGAUUAAUAGUUAUAAAUAUCCCAGAA